AUGUCGAAUUUAUCAAAGCUUGAGUUCGUGGCACUUGACAUUUCUGGAAAUAAUUACUUGUCAUGGGUACUCGAUGCUGAAAUUCACCUUGACGCUAAAGGUCUUGGUGCCACUAUUACCAAUGGUAAUACAUCGUCGAGUCAGGACAAAGCAAAGGCAAUGAUCUUCCUUCGUCAUCAUCUAGAUGAAGGAUUGAGUGAUUCCCAAGAAGAUAGUCGUUAUAUUGUUCGAAUAUACUCUGUGAAGAAUGAGUCUUGGAAAAACAUUGGCACUAUUCCGGCUGGUUAUCACUUGUUUGACCAAAAUACAGUUUCAUUAGAUGAUACAGUUAACAUGAUGGAAACUAGAUCGGUUGAAGGAAAUGGUAGUAUUGAAUUUAAUAAUUUUGCCAUUAUUUCUUUGAUUGUGGCAAAUGAGAAAUUUGUUGUAACACCUGUCCCAUCGCAACAUUUGGUUGUCAUAUGA